CCUCCGCACUCCAACCCUCUGCCCCAGUCCUCAGCUCCCUCCCACACUCUGAACUCCUCAGCCCCACCACUGACAUACAUCACCUCCAUACUGGUACACAUAACAAAAUUAAUUCCACACAUAGAUGUAAAAAAAUAGAGGGAACAGUGGUGUCAGAGGUACUGUUAAUGAUUGUAGUGAGAUUUUUGUUCCUUCAGCUUCCAAGUAGACCUCAGCUGAUGUGAAAAAUAUUUUUGUUCCCUUAAAGCUGAUGCAUUUUUACCUGCUUUUGUGUUGAUUGCUGAGUUAGUUCUGUUCAUCUAAUAAGAAAUAUUCCAUCUGUCAGAUAAAAGCUAUCUGGGUUAAUCUUUUAUAAUCAGUUUUUGUAUUUUUCCUUCAAAUCUUGUUUUGUGUUAGUUUCUUAUUGUUUGGAAAUAUUCUUGUCACUUGUGGUCCAGUGAACCAUAAAUCAUCUCUGCUACCUAGUCAAGUUGUUAUUGAAAAUUUAAGAGGCUGGGGGCAUUAGAAGAGAAUAUGUAAUCUCACUUUUAUCAGUAAACGUUGCAGUGGGGAAAACAGAGAAUGAAAGACAAAUGUAUGAUGCACUGUAAUAAACAUCAAACCUGUUAAUGUAUUGUUGGUCCAGAAUGUCUCACUCUCAGGCUGAAAGUGUCAUAAAGAAUAUAAUUCGUGAAAUAGGACAAGAAUGUGCCAUGAAAGGGCAAACUGUGUCUGAAACCUUGGUGGCUUUCAUGGUGAAAGCUGUCGUUUUGGAUCCAAGGAAUGAGUUUAAUGUGGAUCGAACCCUCACGAAAAAUGAUGUGCAAAAACUUAUUAAGCUCUGUGUUAGUAGACUUCUUGAUGCAGUAAAUCCAUCCCUGGACACUAUUAAGAUGCAAGUUUACUUUGAUAUGAAUUAUACAAACCGAGUUGAGUUACUUAAUGAGCAGCAUCGUGUUCUAGAGGCCAGGCUGGCCCCUGUGAGCAGAGAAAUCACAGAUAAUCGUGCUCGUACACGGGAAGAGCUGGAGAGCAUUUACCGAAAGAUUGUUAGCUAUGUUCUGCUACGCUCUGGCCUCGGAUCCCCCACAGACAUCAAGGUUGUUAGGGAGGCAACAGCUGCCCUGCAGAGUGUGUUUCCCCAGACAGAGCUGGGUGUGUUUCUCUCUCUCAGUAAGAAGGACAAAGAGCGACAGCUGAAAGAACUUACCAUGAUUGUCACAGGAAUUCGGUUAUUCAACAAGGACUGUGGGAAAGGAGGAGAAGGCAUUGAUGACUUACCAGCUAUUCUGAAUGAAGCCAUUCCAGCAGCCACGCAGCCUAUUGAUGCAGAGCUUCGUGCCUCUCAAGAUCUGGCAUACCGCUACACAGCUGUCUUGGAAAUGAUGCGUGAGAGCCCGCACAGAAAUAUAGAAGCUAGAUUAUCUAUGUUAAAGGAAGCACUGUUCAAUGUGAGACAACAUGAAGCCUUCCUCUGCAUCAUUCUGUCUGAUGUGAUCACGUGUGCACAAGAAGUUGAAAUGAUGGACAAGCAGUUUGCAGCACAAAUAGAGCAGUUAAAAAACACUGUUCAAGCAAAGUCUGCUGUACCUACAUCACAAGUUUUUCCUAUCUUUCUAGCACUAGCUAACCUCUGGACGAGCUUUCAGGAUGAGAUAUUGCUGCUGAGUUUCCUGACUAAUUUGACAGGCAGCCUACAGCAGUUCUUGGGAAUCCAUGCACAACUGUUUCCUGAUGAUGUGAUGGAGUCGCUUCUCGAAGGAGUGACUGUGAAAAGUGAUGAGCAAAGGAUAAAGGAAACCAUGGGAAUAAAAGUAAAUGUUUCUGAUUUCAAGGAACAAGAGUGGCUUUUUCCAGAAACCACGGCUAAUUUUGAUCAGUUGUUAAUCCAGUACCGUGGGUUUUGUGCUCACACACUUGCUGAAAAAGAUGGCCUCCUCCUCCCAGGAAAUCCUGCUAUUGGAAUUUUGAAACAUAAGGAGAAAUAUUACACUUUCAGUUCCAAGGAAUCAGCAUAUGUUUUUGCCCAAAACCCAGAUAUGUUCAUUCAGUUGAUUGGAGAAAAAGCAAAAGAAUGUGCUGAACUUAUUCAGCUGCUUGAGCUUCAUCAUCAGUUUGAAUCCCUUGCUCCUCAUUCACAGGUCAGAAGUGGAGACAAACGUUCAGUGAAACCAAUUACCAAAUGCGACAGCAGUACUCAGACUGACACCCAUAUAUUGCCUCCAACUAUUGUGAAGUCCUAUGAGUGGAAUGAAUGGGAACUGAGGAGAAAAGCCAUAAAAUUGGCUAAUUUGCGUAGGAAAUUAACUCACUCAGUGCAGACUAAUCUCAGUCAUAUGAGAAGAGAUGACUCCACCCAAGUGUAUCUGCUAAAGGAUUUUGGUACACAGACUAAACUUGACAACUCUAGCAACGUUCCCAAGCCACAGAUUUUCCUGGCUGGUCUCCGAGGAGGAUCAACCUCAACUACUUGUAUGGUCAAAGUGAACUUAACAAGAGCAGUUGAUGAAACCUAAAUGAAGUUUAAAAGGAGACAUACUGAAGUAAAAAUCCAAAUAGAUUUCUGAAGUAAUGUAUAGUAAACUGAAUUCUAUGCCCAUUGAUUCAAAGAGUUGUUGUUAUACUCCAUGGUUUCUGUUAGGAACAGCUAAAUGGCAUUAAGUGAUAGUGAUUAUAAAAAGCCUGAAACAUCCAAUUUAAAAAAAGUAGAAUCCAGGCAUGGCUGUAAAUUCUGAAUUAAACUGGCAUUUCU